GUCACGGCCCAAACCUUUCCCUCGAUCUGACCAUCACACGACGUCGUUACCCUCGUCAAAAUUGACCAUUGUCACCUGACGAGCGCUCAAAAACCCUUUCCUUUCAGUUUAGGGGUAUCGCUUUGGCAAAUUGGCUUCCUUUGUUACUAUUACGGAACCCUAGCUUCGUCGUCUUCCCAUUGCAAAAAUGAAGCUAGUCAGGUUUUUGAUGAAAUUGAACAACGAGACCGUGUCUAUUGAGCUCAAGAAUGGCACAGUAGUUCAUGGAACCAUUACAGGUGUUGAUAUCAGCAUGAACACACAUCUGAAGACUGUAAAGCUUACUCUGAAGGGAAAGAACCCAGUUACGAUGGAUCACCUGAGUGUAAGGGGUAACAAUAUCCGUUACUACAUUCUUCCUGACAGCUUGAAUCUCGAGACGUUGCUUGUGGAAGAGACUCCUAAGGUCAAGCCCAAGAAGCCAACUGCUGGGAAACCUUUGGGGCGUGGUCGAGGCCGUGGUCGUGGGCGUGGACGUGGUCGAGGCCGUUAGACAAUCUCAUACGUUUCCUAUAUUUUUUUUUGUAGUAUUUUCAUUAUGUAAACAUUUUGUACUAACGAGAUCGGUGUUGAUGAGUUGUCUCUGAGAAAAAGAUAUUUUGAAUGUUGGUGCUGUUAUUGGUUUGAGACUUUGAGUGAAAUUGAAGUGGCCUCUUUAUCUUAUUGGGACUUCUGUGUAAGAAGAAAUGUGGUUUAUUUAUGUACAAGCAUAUAUCUCUUUUAGACUAA